AUGUUACAAAAAAGCUAACGUUGCAUAUAGUCUCUGUCCACCAGGGGGCGUUGAGCUAAAGUGGCACUAUGAUGCUGAGGAUGCUUCUCCGCUUCCAGUUUGUGAGAUACACAGGGCGGGUCUAUAAACGGACGCUGAGGAUGCUUGAGGAUUCAUUAUCAACAAUCUUAACUUUAUUUCAAAUAUAACGGCUUCACAGUGUUUUAUUUUAUAUAAUAAGUAUCGCCUCAGUUGGCUUUGACAGGAAUCUAUCCGAGGGUGGUAAAAGGACAGUGGAAAUAGUCGUCUUUUUUCUGACAAACCCAAUCGUUUGCCGGUUUACAGCGAUACAAACCGGCUUUCUAAUUUUCUUAAAACAUCAGGCCAUUCUGACAGCUUUAUCUUGUUAUUUGAUGGUUUUUAAACAACCUUGUGGGCCCUUUCUAACAGUGGAUACUUUAAGCGUAUCUUAAAGGCUUUGCCAGUGCUCUGACGUCAUUUGUGUUUAUUAUUUUUUUCUGACAUCAGCAGGAUAAUGUGGUAAACGGUCGCUGUUAAUGAAUGAAACUGUUUCCCACGCAAUAGACAUUAAUGAUUUGCUUGGUAAUGACGGCGACGCGAUAAUUUAUUUUGUCACAGCGGAAAGACAAAGAAACAUCAUAAGUGUUGUUACGGCAGAGAAACGGCUGGUAACGUUAGAUGUUUUUGUCUCCUGUCGUGUAUCUCAGCAAGAUUUGCCGUUAUUUCUCCAUGUUUAGCACCGACAGACUCACGGUUCCUGAAUAUGUCAGUAAUCGGCUACACAACCGGAGGACGGGCUCUGGCCCCAGGGCUGUGUCUCCGGGGAUCAGCGCCGACGUUCGGGCCGUGUUGGACGGCUCUCUCCCCGCGCUGCGCUCCGCGAUCAAAACACUUAAGUCUUCGAAAGACACUGGAGAUGUGGAGGAGACCCGCCGGGCCAUCGCUGAGACUUUCCAGCUGGUUGAGGAGGCCUGGGUCCUGCCCACAGUGGGCCGACGGGUAGCAGAGGAGAUGUGCAACAGGAUCCGGCUGGAUGGGGGUCUGGAACUGCUCUUGCAGCUGCUGCAGACACCUGCUGUAGGAAUCACAUAUGAGUCUGCCAAGCUCCUUGAGCAAAUACUGGUCUCAGAAAACAGGGAUUAUGUGGCACGUAUGGGGCUUGGGGUCAUCCUGAACCUGACCCGUGAGCAGGAUGAUGCCCAGCUGGCACGGAGCGUGUCAGGCAUCCUUGAGCACAUGUUUAAACACACAGAGGAGACAUCUGCGCAGCUCAUCACUAAUGGAGCACUGGACACCCUCCUGUAUUGGUGCCGUGGAACAGACCCAACUGUACUGCGGCACUGUGCUGUGGCCCUGGCAAACUGCGCUAUGUAUGGUGGGCACCGCUGCCAGCGUCUGAUGAUCGAAAAACAGGCGGCUGAAUGGCUGUUCCCACUGGCAUUUUCCAAAGAGGACGAGCUGAUCCGGUUCCAUGCCUGUCUGGCCGUGGCUGUGCUGGCAGCUAAUAGGGAGAUAGAGAAAGAAGUAGUGAAGUCUGGUACUCUGGAGUUGGUGGAGCCAUUUAUCGCCUCGUUGGACCCUGAAGAGUUUGCACGCAACCUGUUGGACAGUGCAGACAGCAUGCAGGGCCGCACCGCAGCAGACCUGCAGCACUUACUGCCUCUGCUGGACGGCACAUGUCUGGAGGGGAAAUGCAUCGCUGCAUUCUACCUGUGUGUGGAGACUAGUAUCAAGUCUCGUCAACGUAAUACCAAGGUCAGGCAGACACUAUAUUUACUCCUCUCACAUAUUUUGUUUAAAUGGAGAUGA